CUCUCUCUCUCUCUCUUUCUCUCUCUGCUUCUGCUUCCAUUCUAUGACACAUCAAUCUCUUUUCUUAUAUAUUCUUCUCUCUCUCUCACACCUACACACUCUUCUAUUCACAAUACCAUAUUCCUCUUUUCAAUGGAUUCUUGUCUCUGCUUAAUUCUCCCUCUGCCAUGAAGUGAGAUGAUGAGGUUUCGUAAAAUGGGUUAAUUUGAUUUCAGAACAUCUCCAAUGGCAAAGAAGACUUGCUGGUUUGGUUGGUUCAAAAGGCUGUUUGUUUCUCAGGAAAAAACAAGAACAGAGAAGAAAUCUAGAAGGUGGAGAUGGAUUCUUGGAAAGCUAAAGUUAAAACAACGUCCUGUGCUGCCAUCACCUCAAAGGAUCAUAGAUGAAGCAGCAGAAAAGCAGAGAAAGUUUGCUGUGACUGUAGCUCUUGCGACGGCGGCUGCGGCGGAAGCUGCAGUUGCUGCUGCUCAGGCUGCAGCUGAGGUUGUGAAGCUCACUGGUUCUUCUCAAUCUCGUCUUCAUUUCGCCAUGAAAGAUGAAAACUUGGCUGCCAUUAAGAUUCAGAGUGCUUUCCGGGGAUAUCUUGCAAGGAAAGCUUUGAGAGCGUUGAAGGGAGUGGUGAAGCUUCAAGCGAUUGUUCGUGGACAAGUUGUGCGACGUCAAGUAGGCACGAAAUUGAAGCGUUUGCCAUCCAACGCAAAGAUGCGAUCGAAGGUCCGAGUGACGACCAUUGACAUUUAUAAGGAAGGCGGAAAUAAACAAUUGUCCAAGUCCAAGGAGUUGGGAGAAAUGGACAGUAAGCUCGAAUGCAAAAGCCAAAGUUGUUGGGAUUACAGCACACUUUCAAAGGAAGACAUGGAAAGUCUAUGGUUCAAGAAGCAAGAGGCUAGCAUCAAAAGGGAUCGAAUGAUGAAGUACUCAUUUUCACACCGGGAGAGGCGAAACACUCAUGUACUGGAAGAAUCAAUAGCCAAGAAUGAACCUGAUAAACAGAGACACUGGCUGGAAGAAUUGGCGAACAAAGAUGCAUUGGCUAGAGAACGGAUAGAGAAUCUGAAAGCAAGUGACAUAUUUGGUACAACACAAGUGAAAAUGAGUUCACGGAAACAAGAUAACAUAGAAGCAUUGAGUUCACCAGUGUCAUUUCCAAGAAGAUCAUUUUGUCGGACACAACGGAAUACUACAGGAGAUGACAGUUCUGCACUGAAUUCUCCUGUUUUCCCAACUUACAUGGCUGCAACAGAAUCUGCAAAGGCAAAGGCAAGGUCGAUGAGCACACCGAGGCAACGAAUAGGAAUUCAGGAUCAUUUUCUCAUUGACAGCUUAUCAUACAAAAGUGGACUUUCUAUUUGGUCUUCUUAUAACAGUGAAUGGUUCGGAAACAGUAGCGAAGCUGCUCAGCGCGUUCCUAUAAGCGUAAAUCGCCAUUAUUGAUGAGAUGCCUGGCUUGCUUCUCAACAAAAUUAAUACCAACCAGAAGAGGUAAUGCUUCUCAAGAAUUACUUGAUCAUUCACUAACAAGACAAUGAAGUAACUUCAAGCUGUGGUCAUUGGAGAGCUCGAAUACACAGCGGCUCGAAUGAUCGUUCUUUGCCUGGAAAAUAUUUUUGUGGGGUGAAUUGCAACGUAUAAUUUUCUGUUAGAUCUAUGAUGUCCAUAAUCAAUCACUUGAUCACUUACAUAUUAUAUAUUGAUUUUCUUUUGAGGGGAGAGAGAGAGAGAGAUGAGGUUUUGUUUCUGUGUUUAUUGCAGAGGGUUGGGUGUGAGAGUUGGGGUUUUUGAGAAUGGUGUUAUGGAGCUAAGUAGUUGCAAUCAGCAGUGUAAUG